ACCGUCUACCCGGAGGUUCUCUAUGUGGUUUCAGAAAGACGAAACUUCCUCUAACAGACGCUCACCGCGGUGCCUGACAGGAACAGACAGAACAGCGCUUACCAUACACAGCUGAAAGAACUAGAGUCGCGCUUUCAGGCAGAUUUAAAGUCACAUCUGCGAGAAACGGAGAGCUUGGGAUUUUUUAGAUGGAACGCUUAGUCCUCUUCCUCCUCCCCCUCCUCUUCAGUAGCAUCAUCUCCACACUGUCAAUGCCAUGUAGUAAAGUCAUGGAAUACUGUGAAGACAGUGGAAAACAUGAAUGGAUGAGAUGCUAUGAAAAAAACAUUGCAAACUGCUCCAUUGAGAAAACCAGGAGGUUCCCAAGAGUUGGGGGGAUUCUGGACGGUUUCAUUCAGGACUUCGACUCACCUGAAGAGGUGAACAAAGACACCGUAGGAGGACACAGUGUUCGCGUACCUAGCAGAGUUAUGAAGCGCAGCUGGACUCCCAGAAAGCGCGUGGCCGUGAUGGUUUUUAACAGCACCCUCUUUGAGGGAGCUGAUGGCAGUGAGUUCCUGGGAAACCAUGUGAUCAGUGUAAAGGUGGGCCAGACCCCUCUUCUCAACCUUUCUGAGCCUGUGAUUCUCACCUUCAGGUAUGAUCAGAAGGAUUUACUUGGAUCCUGUAAGUUUUGGGAAGAAGCAGAGGAAACAGUCAAUAAAACAGCGGGACGCUGGAGCACAAGGGGAUGUUCGACAAACCGAACGGACGGGGAAUUUAUAUGCAGCUGUGACCAUCUUAGUUUCUUUGCAGUGCUAGUCAACACUGGAUCUAUCAGCGAUGCUCACGCACGCUCCCUCAGUUACAUCACUUACUUUGGGUGUGGACUUUCCAUACUUUGCACCUCCAUUGCUAUCAUCAUGUAUAUAUAUAUGAGGAGACCUCCUCUAAAGACAGGGAGGGAGGAGCACUCGAUGGGGCUGCACCUCCAUCUGAUGGGGGCCCUGCUCCUGCUGCACAGCUGCUUCCUGCUGAGCGCAUGGCAAGCAGAGCGCGCCACCGGGGGCGGAGCCUGCUUGGCCCUGGGCCUGCUGCUCCACUGGGCCCUUCUCGCCACGUUUACCUGGAUGGGGCUCGAAAGCUUCCACCUUUACCUGCUGCUGGUCCGUGUGUUCAACAUCUACAUCAGGAGAUACCUGCUGAAGCUCUCCUUUGUGGGCUGGGGUGUGCCCACCAUUACAGUGGCUGUCUGUGCCUUUAGCAAUCCUUACGGCCUUCACAGCUUCCAGUCAGAGGAUAACACCCACAGCAGGACAUACACAGAGAUAUGCUGGAUUACAAACGCAACAGUGAGGCACGUCACCGUCACUGCCUACCUGACCUUGGUGUUCCUCGUUGGCGCUGCCAUGUUGGGCAUCGUCGUGAUAAAACUACUCCACAAAGAGCACAGAGGCACCGCAGCUCAGAAGCGGCACAUCGGCAGGAACUGCCUGACGCUGCUGUGCCUCAGCUGCAUCCUGGGAGUCCCCUGGGGCCUGGCCUUCUUCACCUAUGGGCCCCUGACCCUGGUCGGCCUCUACUUCUUCACCAUAGCAAAUGCCUUUCAGGGAGUCUCUCUCUUUCUGUGGUUUCUCUCUCUCACCUCCAAAUCAAACGCCAGCUCCACAAGAAGCAACCAGUCCACACGCAAGACUGAUAUCAGCUUAGGUCAACUGUAAAUUAAGCUGUGCUGACCCCCAGGUUUACAUUAAGGAGAAAAGUGUAGUUAAACCCUUCACAGCUUUGUGCAUGAUCAUUGUAAAAAUGUUUUAUUUGAGGGGGGACUAUAUUUAAAUAUUCGAUAAGCGAGACAGUCGUCUGUUGCCUGCACGAGCGACAGCCAUGAGGAUGAGAAUAAAAAUUCCCAGAACCCAGAUUCCACCGAUGGAAAGUCCCAGAAUCAGCAACAAAUCUACAAAAGAAAGCAACUGGUCAGACACCCUGGCCUUCCUGCCCAUCCUAAGCAUACUGGCACAGAAAAGGACAGUCAAAUAAUCCUGCUCUGCAUGAAGAUUUGAAUAAACCUGGAUAAGCAGAAACUAUUUAAAAAAAACACUUUGAAUAAAAGAAUUUUGCAAUGAAA